AAUUUUUCUAAAGCUGAAGUAACACUAACAAUAUAAGCUAUAUUAGUCAUUAUCUUUAAUUUAUUGAUAAUAACAACAGGAUAUAGAAGCUGAUACAAUUUAUUAUAUUAGUAUUUUACAUAACAGUUUCAAUCUGUAAAAGACAUUAAAAACAAAUUUGCGAAAAAUAUAAUGUAAAGUAAUGCUACAAAAAUAAAAAUGUGAAGUUGCAUUUGAGAAUCGUAUGAGGCGUGAAUGGAGUAUGAGUAGGUUAAUACUAUUACAGUAUUAUUAUUACUAUUGAAUAAGAGAGGAAACUAUGUUAUUAGGAUGAAAUAGAAAUGUAUUUAUGCAAAGCUGUAUUUUUACUACUAACUUAAAUUCUCAAAAUUCGAUGACUUGCAAACAGAAUGGGUGGUUGCUUCAGUAAGCUUACAUGUAGGUGCUGUCCAAAUAAAAAGAAAAAUAGGCAUUAUUCCAAGACAAAAUACUUUGGGUUAAGAAGCAUAAUAGAAUUUGAAAAUCUAAUCAGAGAGGAGGACACAAAGGAACCAAAUAGUAUAUCUUCAUGGCUAAACUUCAGAAAGAAAAAGCUUAUGCAAAAAGAAGAGUCUCUGGAAAUGGAAAUAACAAUGACCAUUGAAGGAAGAAAAGAAGCAGCAAGAAUGGAAAGUCUUACCCAGUCAUCAGAUAUCAUGAACCCAGCCAAGCUAGUCUUUCAUAGUGAGCAUUUUGGAUGGCUAGGAGAUGAUCCUCAAAACUGGAUUACUGCUGGUGAUGAAGAGUGUGAUACGACUUCAAAUCAUUCCAAAGUAGAUGAUUCUUUAGUAACACUUCUGAGUAGGCAGCGAUCCCUGAACAGUAGUGUCAACCAUCUCUUGACAAGAGACAGACUUACGACUUUCAACAGUACACCACCUUCGUCCAUAGACUUAGAAUGGGAUGAUGAAGCAGGUCUCACACCACCACCACCACCAAGCCUACUUGCUCCCGAUGAUGAUGGAAUAUCAGCUUUUGUGUCGGACACAACAAGUAGAUCUAUCAGAUCAACUCCACCAUCAAAUGGUAAUGAAUUAGAAUGGGAUGGAGAAUUUAAUAGUAACGAAACUGUGUAUAUGAAUACAUUUGACCAAGAGGCAGAACAAUUAAUAUCAAAGAUAGAGAAAAUGACAGCUGAAGCUCAGCUGGAAACUCAGCUAGACAGGUGACAGUCAUAAAACGUUUAUGUAUUGAGGAAAAUGGUUAAUUGCACAUUAGAGAAGUUCUCAGCAAGAAGUCACUUUGAUUUUGUGACAUGCCAAGAAUUUGGCAUAAUUGGUAGUGUCCCAAGAAUACAAAUUGAAAUAUAGAAACAUCUACCUUCCACUACUCUUUUAGCUUAAAAUGUAUUUAACUAUCAUCACUCAAAUAACCUAUUAUAUAACAUGAACUUUAUUUGCAAUUCUGAAAUUUGGCAAUGUUUAAACAUUGAAAUGAGUGUAUUUUUUUAUAUGAAGGUGUUUUAGCAACCAUGGUAAUGAAUAGGAUAGAAGGUGGUAAUUGGUAUUGGACAAAUUUGUAACUAAACACAAAAAACGACAGCAGAAUCUCAUUAUGUUAAGGUUUUAAGUAUAGGAUUUUGAGAAAUAAAUUCUUCACUAGUAAUAUUUUUAUUUGAGCCCAAGGUAUUGUACUGAUUUUGUAAUAAUGAACAAUAAUCUGUGAAUAAGGAAAAUAAUUUUGUUCUGAAAACUGUUUGGCCUUCAACCUUGUGUGUGUGUUGAUGUAGAUACAUGCUCUAUGGUGCAUAUAUAUAUAUAU